UCUCAGGCGCAUUGGGUGACUUUCGACUCCUAGGAAAAACAAGUCAAGUUAAAUUCCAGUCUCUGAAAAUAGUCAAAUCUCUGUUAAAAUUUGCAGUAACUAUCUAAACAUCGCCUUUCUGCCAUGCCGAAGCGCGCUCCCUACACUUGGCGCCAGCCGGACUUCCCCGGCGACGGCAGCGACCUGUCCUGGCAGGAGCCCACCCUGCUGGUCAUCUGCCAGGCGGCCGACAUCCAGGCGGCCAUCCAGCCGCUCCUGGGCUCCCUCAAGCAGCCCUUCGCCCCCGCCCAGGUGGCCAGCGUCUUCGUGCACGAGACCAUGCGCGAGGCCUUCUGCAACCAGGUGCGCAGCUCCAUGGAGCCCAUGCACCGCCAGGCGGCCAGCCACGCCCACUAUCUGCGGGCCGUCAAGAUGAUCGAUUGCCUCCGGGCGGAAGUGGUCUGCCUGCUCACGCCGGACGACAUCCGUUUCCGGUUCAAAAUGUCCCCCGGCUCGCCGGUGAUUGUGUGCGAAUUCGAUCAGAGUUUCUUCGGAGGAUCACGGCCCACGUCGGUGGUCACGCUGCAUACCUUCCGCCACGCCUCCGAGCUGCCCCGCCUGCUGGCCACCGAGCGGCUGCCCUUCGUGAGCGCCGCCAUCUGGGGCGCCAAGAUGGCCACCGUCUACGAGGCGGCCCUGCACCUGGACCUGGUCAUCGUCUACAUCAAUUGCCAGGGCAUCUCGCUCGCUCCCAUUCGGGAGUACCUCGAGGAGAAGCAGCCGCACGUGGUGCUGGCCAGGUACCAUCACUUCGAGGUCAUUUCGCACAGGGGCCGGCACCGGGUCAUUGUCUUUCCGGCCAAGGUCAUCUGGGAGCCGGAGGCACCCAUCCGCCCCUCGGGGGGAGGCUCAAGGGAACUGCCGCCGCCGGCGGAGGGCAAGACGGUGGCCAGGAGGGGCUAGGAGCAACCCACCGGAUCUCAUCUUAAAUACUUGUUAAAUUCACAGUACUUGUAAAGAGUUAUCAGUAGGUUUUCUAGAAGUAUGUUUGAACAAGACAUUAUGUGUAGUCCAAGCACUUAAUACAUAUUUUUUUUUAAGUACACUCAUUUGGGGAUAAUAAUUACAGAUUAAAUUUGUAUAAAGUGGUUGUGUGUUAAGUCCAGAAAUUAUCUAAGCCUUAGGCAUAUUUUCUUUUUAAGCGGAUUACCUUGUUUAGCUUCUUAAAAAAUACAAGAAGAGUGUUGAUAUAAAUCAUA